AUGCCCUUCGUCUCUGCAAGACAUUUCGAAAAACCAGGUUCGUUCAUUCAAGUGCCAUCUCACAUCAUGCAACAGCCAAAUGGAUUACAAAGAACCCUUUUCCUGAUUUAUUCCUUAUUCUACAUCAUUUUUAUUUCCUGUCAUUUGUUAGGCUUUUGGAAUAAUCAACUAAUCUGUUUGCCAUAUUUUUUCAUUGUUCCUUCCUCCCUUUCUUCUUUGCUUUACAUUCUUCUGUUGCUUCAUAACGAGUUUUUCGUUCCAUUUCUAAACAUUUUAUCUCUUCUUUUCAUUCUUUCGUUCUUUGUAUUUCUUAAUAUUUUACCUCUCCUUGUCAUUCCUUCCUUCCGUUCUUCCUUCUUUCCUUCCGUUCUUCCGUCCUUCCUUCCUUCCUUCCUUCCUUUUUUCUUUCCUUCCGUUCUUCGUCCUUCAUUCCUUCCUUCUUUCCUUCCUUCCUUCCGUUCUUCCGUCCUUCCUUCCUUCCUUUUUUCUUUCCUUCCGUUCUUCGUCCUUCAUUCCUUCCUUCCUUCCUUCCGUUCUUCCUUCCUUCCUUCCUUCCGUUCUUCCUUCCUUCCGUUCUUCCUUCAUUCCUUCCUUCUGUUCUUCCUUCCUUCCUUCCGUUCUUCCUUCCUUCCUUCCUUCCUUCCUUCCGUUCUUCCUUCCUUCCUUCCGUUCUUCCUUCCUUCCUUCCUUCCUUCCUUCCUUCUUCCUUCCUUCCUUCCUUCCUUCCUUCCUUCCUUCCGUUCUUCCUUCCUUCCUUCCUUCCUUCCUUCCUUCCGUUCUUCCUUCCUUCCGUCCUUCCUUCCUUCCUUCCUUCCUUCCUUCCGUUCUUCCUUUCUUCCUUCCUUCCUUCCUUCCUUAUCGUAUCUUAAUAUUCCUUUCAUUUCUUAA